GAGAAUCAGCGAAACACUGCCCGAUUCAUUUAUUACAAAUAAACUAUAGAGUAUAGGCCUACUUCUUAAAUAAAGACUUUCAGCUGCCACCUUCCUUAUAUCUGACAUUUAGUGAAUCAUGGCAGUACAUGCGCAUCCCUGGCGAACAGGGAAAAGUCUUUUUGACCUUCUCAAUCAACUUCCAAACUUCGGAGUUGGUCGAAUUGUGACGAGAACGAGAUGGCAACACUGGCGUCCAGAUCAACCGAGUUAUAUCCGAAUUACACGGGUAAAAGUGGAUUGUGAAAGCUUGAAUCUAGGCCAAGGGGAAGCAUGGGGAAUACCAACAAUGAGAGGUUACUCACGCGAUGGAAUGGAGAUCAAGGUAGGGGCUUGGUGGAAGCGGGAGUGGAAGCUCAUUCGCAAGAGCGAGGAGGACGAGUUCUGUGCCUACCAACCCAAGGAGGAGGACUUCCACCAGGUGCCCAACAAGGUGGCCAUGCCGCCCCUCCUGGCCGCCAUGCUCAAGGAGGAAGGGGUCAUCAAAGGAACGGAGGUGGAGGAACCUCUUCUCCUCGAUAUCAAAACCAGUAGAGGAUACAGACACAGAGGCUAUCAGGUUCCUGGAGCCAAUGUACUGGGUAAACGCAUAGGCGACUUUGAAAUUCCCAGGUGAUAUGUCAGGCAAGCUCUGCAUAUGGACACUGAAAGUGGAGGGGCAGACUAUAUCAUAACCUUUGUGUAGAGGUCAUAAGGGUUUGCGAUUAUGUUGUAACCUCUGUUGACCAGUUUCUAUCAAGGGAUGUUUUAAAGCCCCACUGCACUAGUUUGGACAGGAGGGAUUAGACCUCCCUGCAUGGUCACUGACAGGUGGUUAUCUCAUCAAAUCAGCUCUCAAGUAACAUAAGAAAAAGAGAAUCAUGGGGGACCAAUGGUCACCGAUUAGGCAUUGUUUGAUAUAAAGAGGGCGCACGUAGCUAUAAGUAGUGCAGUGGGGCUUUAAAUGCAAAUGUUUACCAUUUGGAGUGAGAUGUGCUGUCCUGGAGUAGACAGCCUGUAUUCUGUUCAAGACAACUAUGUAUAAACGAACUUGAUCAGUGAAUUUGAUGAUUGGAUCAUUAGUCCAUUAACAAGAUCAUUACAACUUUCUGAAAAAUAUACAUUUAAAACCACCAACAGAAGUACCUGUCUAAGGGACUGCAAGCUCUAUUGAUACUGUAAAUGGAAUUAAUAUCGAUUAAAGGAAAAGUCAUUUAUUUUCGUCAACAUGCAGUGUACGUUUGUGAAUAUUCCCUCUUGAAGUUACAAAAAGUCCAGACUACCAUGGUAAAAGUAUUUCAAUAACAUGAAACGGAACAGGCUUGAAUUUGGAACUGUAAAUUGUAUAUUUUGGAGUUAGUGGUCGCCACCAUUUCCCCCAAAUCAGAAUGUCUUGAGCUAUGAUGUAAGAGAUAUUUGAAUCAGAUUUCAUUGGUUAGUGAGUUCAGUAUGUACAGUGUAGGUGAAUCCCAUUUUAACAAUUUCAAAUCUGUAUGUUAAGAUAUAUUGUGAAUGCUUUAAAUUGAUAUCUAUCGAAAAAGAACAUUUCUGACUCCGUCUUUGAAGAACCUACCUAAAUGUGGACAGUUCAUAUCUUUAAAAAGGUUGUGAAAUAAUAGAUAUACAUGUAUUAUUAUUUGCCAUACCAUUUUGAAUGGAGAUUAAAUGGAAUUGUGCCCAUGUGAUUUGAUU